AUGGGCCUGGGCCCCGACCCCAGCCGCCGAAUUCCAGACCUAGCCGCCGAAGGAUCCCUCCUGGAGGAAGCCAAGGGCCAGACCCUGGGGAAGGAGCCCGUGAGAGAAGCGACCCGGUACCAGGACAGGGCGCCCGAGGGAGAACUGAACCUUGCGGGGUCAGAGGGUGGCUGGUGGCGAUGUCCCAUCGGGGGGGGGGGCAGCGCUCCUGGCGAGGGGGCUGCGGCGCGUUUACUCCAGGGGCACCGGGAGAGGGGUCUCGACUCGGGGCAAAGGGCACCCGGGACGGGCUCUGAAAUCAGCACCAGCGGACGGAGCCAGACCUGGGAGGACCACGUGUUCCAGGUUAGACGAGUGCUGGACCGACUCCGGGAGGCUAGGUUAACCGUCAAGGCUGAGAAGUGCAAGCGCCCCCUAGAGGCCCAGUCCACACUGAACGCUGGGGAUGUCCCCUGGGCUGCCCCAGUGAGCCAUGGCCCCAUGGCGGAGAAGGGGGCGGUGAAAGAGGGGAAGGAAAUGAGUGAACAGUACGUGACCCACCCCCACGCGGGACCCAGAGAAGUGAUGGCGCCGGACCCUGAACUGCGACCGCUGCUCGUAGCUCUGCUCACGCUGAACCUCCUGCGAGGGCCGGCCCCCUCCCAGGCCUUCAGCAUCGAGACCCACAACGCCACCAUCUUCGAGGGCGACGCCGACGCGCAGUUCGGGUACCGGGUCGUCCAGAUGCGCUCGAACGACUCGUCCUGGCUGGUGGUCAGCGCCCCCCUGGCGGGGAACGGGACGGGGGCCCUGUAUCGCUGCUCCUACCAUGCGGGGGCCUGUCAGCCCGUCCCCCUGCCCGACACCCCCCCGGUCUCCCUGGGGCUGGCGCUCGCCUCCGACGAGAUCUCCGGCUCCCGAGUUGUUGUGAGGGCUCUGCUACGUGUGGGGUUGGGAGCGCCCCAGGUCCUGCACCCGGCCAGCCAAGAGUGCAUUUCGGGGGUGGACGUGGCUAUUUUAUACGACGACUCGCACAGCAUCCAGCCCGAGGACUUCACGCUCAUGAAGCGAUUCAUCGGGGAGCUGCUCCGUGCCCUGGCGAGGCCCCGCGUCCAGAUCGCCGUGGUCCAGUUCUCCUCCGACAUCAACCACGUUUUCACCUUUGCCGACUACGCCGCCAAGGGCCUGGAGGCCGUGGAGCGGGACCUGAUGCUCUUCUCCCAUCUGAAGGGCAACACCCGCACCCCCUCGGCCAUCCUCUUCGCGGUGGAACAAACCUUCGCCCCCAAGAACGGCGCCCGGCCCAACGCCAAGAAGCUGCUGAUCGUCCUGACCGACGGGCAGUCCACGGAGGACAGCGCAAUCUUCCGCAAGGCCAUCGGGGCGGCCAGCGCGGCGGGGCUGGUCCGCUACGCCAUCGGGGUGGGCCAGGCGUUCUCCACGGCCGAGGCACACCAGGAGCUGCUCACCAUCGCCUCGCGGGCUGAGAACGUCUUACAGGUCGGGAGCUUCUCUGCCCUCAGCACCAUCCAGGAGCAGCUUCGCGAGAAGAUCUUUGCUAUCGAAGGGACGGCCCAGGUUUCCAACGCCAGCUCGUUCCAGCGGGAGCUGUCGCAAGGCGGAUUCAGCGCCGUGCUCACCCCGGAGGCCGUUGUGGUGGGGGCGGUGGGGGCCUACGACUGGGCGGGGGGGCUGGAGGAGUGGUCGGGAGACCCCCCCCUCGCGGCCUUCAUCAAUGAGUCCUCCCUGGGGCAGGAGGCCAAGGACUCGUACCUGGGCUAUGCCCUGGCCCUGGCCCGCCGGGGGGGCCGCGUCCUGUACGUGGCCGGAGCCCCCCGGUUUGGGCACGUCGGGCGCGUCGGAGUCUUCCAGCGCCGCGGGGGGCGGGUCGGAGACAGUGUCCUGGGGGAGCAGGUGGGCUCCUCCUUCGGGGCCGAGCUCUGCACCCUGGACCUGGACGGCGACGGCGACACAGACCUGGUUCUGAUCGGGGCCCCCGGCCACCAGAACCGCAGCCGGGGCGGCCUGGUCCGGGUCUGCGCCCUGCGGGGCGGGGGCUCCCUGAGCUGCACCCAGACGCUGUGGGGGUCCCCGGGGGACGGGCUGGGCCGGUUCGGGGCAGCGCUGGGGCCCCUGGGGGACGUGAACGGGGACGGAGCAGGAGACGUGGCCAUCGGGGCCCCCAUGGAGGACAAGGGCCGGGGGGCCCUUUACAUCUUCCUGGGGCAGCCGGGGAGACUGGCCCUGAGAGACCCCCACAGCCAGCGUAUCUCCGCCCAGUCUCUUUCUUCCACCCUCCGGUUUUUCGGUCAGUCCGUCCAGGGGCGGCUGGAUCUCAGCGGGGACGGACUCACGGACGUGGCCGUCGGGGCCCUGGGCCGGGCCGUGCUGCUCAGGUCCCGUCCGGUGAUCGGCGUCUCCUGCUCCCUGGCGCCGGAUCCGACCCAGAUCCCCCUGGACGAUGCCGGCUGCACAGGGGGGGCGAGUGGGGGGGCCGGGCAGGUCGCCCUGACCCUGUGCUUCAACCUCAGCCAGAUCAGCCUGGGGGGGCCAGCCGCCCUCCGCGCCCGCGUCUCCUUCCUGCUCCAGGUGGAUGCUGGGAAAUCAAACCCGCGGCUGGCGCUGCACGAUGGGACCUCGCGGCUCGUGGAGACCAUGCGGGUCGGCUCCGGCCCAGCCUGCACCACCAAAGCCCUGCACGUCCUGCCCUGCCUGGAGGAUUUCCUGACGCCGGUGGAGCUGCAGGUGAAUUUCUCGGUCCAAGGGGAGCCGAUCCCGGGCACGCAGGGUCUGACCCCCCUGCUGCUCCCCAACACCAACACCACCACCCACAUACAGGUUCCCUUUGAGAAGAGCUGUGGGCCGGACGAGGUGUGCGUGGCCGACCUGCGCGUCUCCUUCAACUUCUCGGGGUCCCCAGGUCUCAGACUGAGACUCCAUUUCCCGCUCAACCUGACGGUGCAGCUGGAGAACGCGGGCGAAAUGGCUUAUGGGCCGGUGCUGACGAUCCAGUACCCCCCAGGGCUGUCCUUCCGGGGGGGCUCCGUCCUGCAGUCCCACUGGCCGGUCUCUCUGGUUUGCGACGUUCCCGGUGCUCCUGGGCGUCUGUCCGUCCUCAACAGCUCCUGCCAGCUCAGCCCCCCGGCCCUGCGGGGCAGAACGAAGGUUUUCCUCCGUCUCUCUUUCCACGUCUCCUCUGUCACCGGCUGGGGGGACGACCCGGCCUCCUUCACGCUCCGAGCUGCCUGUCAGAACGAGAACGGGACCCUGGCGGACAACGCAGCCACGCGGGAGCUGCCGGUUCUGCGCCCGGUCGGGGUCGUCGUGACGGGGUUGGAGUCGAGCACCUACGUCAGCGUCUCGGCGGAGCUGCCGGAGCGCCGAGCCAUCGCCCACCGCUACCAGGUGCAGAAUCUGGGGCCCCCCGCUGUGCCCGUCGCUGUGACCUUUGAACUCCCCAUCCGGGUCGAACUCGGCUUCCUCUGGGACGUGUCUGUGAACCUCAGCGGUGGGGGACAGGAGUUCACAUGCACCCCGCCCCUGACGCUCCGAAUGGGGCCUGCAGCGCAGACCCCAAACGAACCAGUGACACGUGGGUGUCUAGGGGCGUCUGUCUGCACCCGGGUCCAGUGUCAGGUGGCGUCUCUGGCCAGUGGAGAAUCCCGCAGAUUUAACUUCUCGGGGGACCUGUACAGGCCGGAGGAUGGCGCUAAGCUGGACGCCCGCAGGCUCCGGCUCCGCAGCGAAGCGGCUGUCAGCAUCGACGAGAGCAAAUACUUCCAGAUCCAGCCAGAGGAAUUCCAGUAUAGCCAGAUCACCACGGAGGUGGAGUUAAUUUCCCGUUUCAACCCGGUCCCGGUGAUUAUCGGCAGCUCCAUUGGGGGCGUCCUGCUUCUGGCCGUGAUGGUCGGGCUCCUGUAUAAGUUCGGCUUCUUCAAGCGGAAUCGGCCCAUGACUGUGGAGGAGACCCCAGGAGGGGAGACUGUGUCUGGGGGUCCGCAGGGAAACGAGGCCCCACCAGAGCCCCCCACCGCGCAGGCAGCCACUGACCCUGAGGGGGUGUCAUGACACUGCGGUGGUGGUGGGGGGCUGGGAACCAGGGUUCCUGGGAAGGGAGUGGGGUCUAGUGGUUAGAGCA